GCCCCUUGCGCGCUCGAUCCGUGCGAGAACGGAGGAACCUGUCACCCAGUCGAGAUGGCGUACGACUUCAAAUGCGCCUGCCCUCCAGGUCUCUUUGGGAAGCAAUGUGAGAACUGUAAGUAUGCUUGCAUUUUUCAGAUAAAGCAAAUGUUGCUGAGAAGAUGGCUCGAGGACAGUGGAAUAAAACUAAGAUAUUUACUCCUUCCUUACAUAGCUGCUUGUUAGUUGCUGGUGACCAUUUAUACUCCCAGAUGGAGCGGGGCACCGUUGGAAUAAAGCGCCAUAUCUGUUACCACAUAGGUUCGAAUCCAGAUCUUAAGAUUAGGAGUCCUGUUAAAAAUAAGCUACAAAUUUAUUCGUUCUCUAACGGGACGAAAGAGAAUGAUAAAAAAGAGACAUUAUUAAUUCACAGGUAUUAAACGAAACCCCGUCCCCAGACUCCCUCGGGGGUCCCUUAAGGGCAUGUAUAUCAGUAAACUUCUUUCUCGUCAACUUUUUAUUUUAGUGACCAAGAGCUGCGCUGAGCUGCUAGACGCUGGCUUCACAAACAAUGGUGUCUACAAAAUUCUUUUUAACAAUUCCCAAGUGUUCGACGUGUACUGCGAUCAGUCCAGCCAGGGAGGAGGUAAUAUUAAAAAAAACUUUACCUUAUUAUGCACGAAAUUCCUUAGAAAAACUGCUUUGAAGACCUAUGCGCUUAAAGAAGAGAAGUGUUCUUUCCCAUCGGCAUCUUUUGGCGCAAUUUUAGGUGAAGUGUCGAAAGUCAUCUUGGAUAUCUUUUAUUUUGCUUUACUUUGCUGCGUGAUUGGUUCUCAAAGCUUGCGCCACUUUGUCAACCAAUCAGAUUUUAAAUUUAAACCAAUCACGCUUUGAUCACUUCUGUUCUCCUACGCCCUAGAUGUUUUGCUUGUUUUGACUUAGAGCUCUCAUCCAAGACACGAAAAACUUACCUUUCCUGGUUUCACGCAUGCUCGCAUAGCUUAUAGCCUCAUAUUUUCCCGCGGGCGCAGUAACGGUCGUGCGCUUAGCGCUGAUAAUGUUGGCCUGCUUGCACGCUUUCCAGGUGGUGCAUAUGAGACUCAAGCGCCGGGCGCAUGGCGGAAAAAAAACUUGGGUGUACUAAGCUCUAGUUUUCGCGGAAAACAAUCUAUUUUGUAUACAGGUUGGACAAUGGUUUUCAAGGUUGUAUCUGGCGUCUCGGCUAACGGUAGAAGCAUCUCACAACUGUGGUUUUCAUCGGAGACGAUCAAUGAAAAUAGAUCAGAGGCACUGAACAUCGAUUCUUCAUUCAAAGAACAUUACAAGAACCGCUUUGUGCCAAAUUGGCACCUUGCAAAACCCAAAGAGGUAGGUCUGUCUUAUUGACAAGUUCUCAUUGUCAUAUAGAGUUGACUUAUGAGUGACUCAGACAUAACUUCUCCUUCAAAUAUGGAUUCAAUACCAAGCACCCAAGUGAUGAGAAAAUAAAAAAAGUAUCAGUUAACGGCCGGAAUUGUUAGUCGAUCCAACACCAAAUUCUCCAGGCUCACACCAUAGGAAAUGUAUGGCAGACAGUAAGGAGAAUUACUAAUGAGAUCUCGGUAGUGAAAAGGUUAUUUGAGACUUCUUAUGACAAGUAUUCAGAAUUCAUUUAAUGCGUACUAAAGCAAUGGUCCAUGUCAAAAAUUGUCUGGGACUGAUAAACCUUACCUCAUUUAUAUUCCAUUUUCUGAUUGGUUUAAAAAGAUCGCAUCAUCUAUGUCGCCAAUCAUAUUUAAAACUGAAACCAUUUUAGAUAUCUGGGCCAGCCCUCUUUUCUCUUUGCAUGCUCAUUUUUUCCACAGCCAUUAUUGACCGAGAACCUCUCAGAGGGUCCUCUUAGGGACGCUCAUUAUAAACUGUAUGGGGGGGGGAGGGGGAAAGGAGAGAGAGAGAGAGAGAGAGAGAGAGAGAGAGAGAGAGAGAGAGAGAGAGAGAGAGAGAGAGAGAGGAAUUUAAUUGUCACGAUAAAAUCAACGUAAUUCCCCGUAAGACCCUAUAGUAUUUUGUUGAUUCCCCUGUCUAAUGUCUCUCCAUUGGCGACGACUGACUCAGUCUCCCCCCCUCCCUAAUAAAAAAUGACUAGUCCUUUACGGAUGUAAUUUGUUUUUUGUAGGUGCAGAUAGCUUUGUACAAACGGAAUGGCUCAGAUCCCGAGACCCUUUCUAUCGUAUUCAACUCUGCUAAUUCUGACGACAAAAACUGGUUUUCUAAAAGUCGGAUCGUUCACUCCCCCUGGACAGAUUUGGAAAGCGAGCGCCAAAACUACUUCUCGAUCGAGGGCUGUUGCAAUGAUAGGAAUUUCUACAUUUCCAAAAUUCACAACAAAUGCCCGAAUGAUGAAGGAUGGCUGGCCAUUAUCUCUAGUUAUUGUCCAUGGGAAAAACGUUUUCCUCCCUCCACUGUUUUGUACAGUAACAGGACGACUUACACAAAUUGGAAUCAUCACGGUAAG